AGUCGCAAGAGGUCGUUGUAGAGCGCGGAUGUCGCCUAAUUUUAGCUGCUGACGUUUUUCGAUAGCGUUUUUUGCUUUUAGCAUUAAUUGCAACAUUCAUUAGCGACCGCACGCAACCACGCAAGGAAAAUUACAACAACCAAGUGCACUAUUCGUUAAUCUACGCAUUGAAAAUAUCAUUCCGGAAAACAGAAAGAAACAAUUACAAUGGAGCCUAACACAUCAUCCGGCCAGAACAAAAACAAUAUGUUGGAGCAGACCCAGCAACAGGUGAAUGAAGUGGUGGGCAUCAUGAGGGUGAAUGUUGAGAAAGUCCUCGAGCGUGAUCACAAGCUCUCCGAACUGGAUAAACGCUCGGAUAUUCUCCAGGAAGGAAGCAAACGUUUCGAGCAACAGGCGCAGAAGUUGAAACGCAAAUAUUGGUGGCAAAACCUGAAAAUGAUGAUCAUUCUGGGAGUGAUUGGAGUGAUCCUCUUAAUUAUCAUCAUUGAAUGUAUUUGGUCCUAGUGUCGAUAAGUUCAUCGGUGGGAGGUGAUAGUUCUUCGCCCGCUCCGGAGACACAGGCUCCACCACCAGCCGAACCCGCCGCCGGCAACUAAUGUCUGCAUAUUUAUCUGAUUAUUUCAACCGUACUGCUGGACUGCGCUUGCGACGUCGACCCAUUGGCACACGAAUCUACUUCUUCAUGCUCUGGAUGUAGAAAUCAUCAUAAAUAUCAUAUUGCUAUUAUUAUUUGAAAGGAAUUCAUUAAUUUAAAGACGAUAACAUGCCAAAAUUUGCUUUAGUUGAUUGCUUAUUGGAGAAGUUUUGUUAUAAUUAUUGCUAGAAUUUAUUUAAUCGAAAGUUUAGUUUGUUGAUUGGAUUUAGUAGCGUCCUUUGUUUUUUGGUAACACUUGAUUUAUCGCUAUCGCACGCUAAUCAUAGAUAUCAUCGGAGGAUUCGCAGAUGCGUUGAUAGCGCGUCAUCCUGUCUGUAGGUUUAAUUCUAUUAUUACUGUUUUUGUGAUUAACUAUACAUAUAUUAUAUGUGUCCAAUUUAAGAAAUAUUGAUCCUAUUUUAUAUUGAAUAUAUGUAUUAAAUAGAGAUACGAAUUUGUCAUGUUUAUAUGUAGUAUUAAUAUGUGUUGAAGGAAUUAUUAAUAAAGCGAGAACAUAGUA